CGUUGAUAAGCAACAAAGAUAUUUUCCAUGGAAAGCAGACCAUACGAGAAAAAAUUCAUGUGGUAACCGUUGUUUUUCCUCUUCUUUCUUUCUUUUCUUCUUCUUCUUCUUUCUCCUGUUUUUUUCUCGUCAAAAUUUGUCCUGUUAAAGCAUCAUCAAACUGAAAACAAUAAGCCCAUUUGAAACAAAACAAUCCAAUUGCAAAGCAGCAGGGUUUUGAAUGGCGCAAUUUACUACUGCACAUGGACGCUUGAAGCCACUCUUCAAUGGAGAAGGACCAUUCUUUGGGCUUGAACUGAAGGACCUACUUCACUAUAAACUUGUUGGUUUACGUUUUGGUGUCGGUGGGUUGAGAUCGAUUCAACCAAACAAGAGAAGGCCACGGUUUUCUGGGUCGUCUACCAGGAUUUACUCUUCUUCUUCUGUGAAAAAAUCCGCACGUUUUGGUGCAGAUGCAAGUGUCAAUUCCAGUGAUGACGACGACGACGAUGGAGAUGAUGGCUACGAUAGUGAGUCAGUGACGGAUGAUUUGUCUUGCUUUAGAGGCCUGGUUUUGGAUAUCUCUUACAGGCCAGUCAAUGUUGUUUGCUGGAGGCGUGCAAUUUGUUUGGAGUUCAUGGAGAAGCUCUUGACCCUGCUUUUGCAGGCUGAUGUCUUAGAAUAUUAUGAUCGGACAGUUAACUCCCCAAGUGGAUCUUUCUACAUUCCGGCUGUAUUAAGGGUUCCACAUCUACUGCAGGUUGUUAAGAGAAGAAGAGUUAGAAGCUCCCUUAGUCGUAAAAAUAUACUAUUUCGGGACAAUUACAUUUGUCAAUACUGCUCUUCACCUGAUAAUUUGACUGUUGAUCAUGUUCUGCCGGUUGCACGAGGAGGAGAAUGGAAGUGGGAAAAUCUGGUUGCUGCUUGUUCCAAAUGCAACUCAAAAAAAGGUCAAAAAACUCCCGAGGAAGCAAAUAUGAAGCUGCUCAAGGUUCCUAAGGCCCCGAAGGAGUAUGACAUACUUGCCAUACCCUUAACAAGUGCAGCAUUAAAGAUGCUCAGGAUGAGAAAGGAAAUGCCAGAAGAAUGGCGUCAAUACCUAGCAAAACCCUCCUCGGAGCCAUAAGAUCCAUCUGUAAGGGCCAUCAUAUGUUCGGAGAGUUUGUACAUGCGAUCUAUACUCUCACUUCUGCUUCAAAACUAUACUAAAAGCACUGUAUACAAAAAAUAUCUAAUUUAUUGUCUAUAUAAAAUUUAAAAAGAUUUUCUUUCUUUUACCCCGCGAGUUCGACAAAUUUCAUGUAAAUAACUAUAUGCAUAGGCAUCUAAUGCCAUAAUUUCCUAUGCAGUGCACUUUCCUUCA